CUGCUUGCUUCCCUUUGUUAAAAUGUAUCUACUGGCCGGCGGAAGGAAUGGAAGGGCUAACAGAAGUGUGAUGCGUGUCCUGCUGCCCCUGGUUGUCGCGGUGUUGUCAGCCGGAGUUUCUGGGAUGCAGGAGGAACACAAACCAGUCCAAGAACAACCGCAACAAGAGAAAACACCUACUGCUCAUGCUAUUGGCCCAGAGGUCAGUGAAAAUGAUUCCAGCAAAUCUGGUGACCUGGGCUUCAUCCAUGCCUUUGUUGCUGCCAUCUCUGUCAUCAUUGUCUCUGAGCUGGGAGACAAGACUUUCUUCAUCGCUGCCAUCAUGGCUAUGCGCUACAACCGCCUCACUGUGCUGUUAGGGGCAAUGCUAGCGCUUGGCGUUAUGACCUGCCUUUCAGUGAUGUUUGGCUAUGCCACCACCAUCAUCCCCAGGAUCUACACAUACUACGUGUCCACGGCUCUGUUUGCCAUCUUUGGUGUUCGCAUGCUGAGAGAGGGGCUGAAAAUGAGUCCAGACGAGGGUCAGGAGGAGCUGGAAGAGGUGCAGGCUGAGAUUAAAAAGAAGGAUGAGGAGCUUCAGCGGUCUAAGCUGGUGAAUGGGGCUUCAGAUGUGGAGUUGGGCUCAGGGUCAAGCCAUCCUCAGGGGAGAUGGCACAGCUUCAUCUCGCCUGUGUUCAUCCAGGCCUUCACACUCACCUUCCUUGCAGAGUGGGGAGACCGCUCUCAGCUGACCACCAUCAUCUUGGCUGCCCGGGAGGAUCCUUUUGGAGUGGCGGUGGGUGGUACUCUGGGACACUGUCUGUGCACAGGACUGGCUGUGGUUGGAGGAAGGAUGAUUGCACAGAAGAUCUCUGUCAGAACUGUUACAAUCGUUGGUGGGAUAAUGUUCCUGGCCUUUGCAUUCUCUGCCCUCUUCAUCAAGCCAGAUGCUGGAAUCUGAUUGGAGUACAUACCUGUAAAGCUCAACUAUGUGUAUUUGGAGAGGCUGUACUCUUGACUCUGUGUGUAUGACAAUUGUACUGUACUCAUGGUGUGGGUGAGAUAUGGAGAAUAUUCUAUAAUGGGACUCUAAUGGGUGAGUGUGUCUGUGUGAAUGUUGCCCUCUUGUCUUACUGAGUCUGUGAUCCCUCACCAGUCUGAAUCCUGUGGCUUACACACAGGACAAGACUUACCUCUCCCUCAGGCCCGUCAGUACUGAGCUUGGGUCUGUUUUAUUAAUUCGUUCCCCAUCCUCGGUUAUUAUGAUUUAAGAGCAGCUCAUUCAUUGACUGAGUGGAUGGAAUCACUCCUCCCCUCUUCAGCAUGAGCUCAGUGUUGUUGAGCAGCCAAGUCACUGCUGGUUGAACGCUGACUCCAGGGCAAUACCAUGGAGGGCCAGUCUGUCCGUUAUCUACCACUCAAAUUACUACAACGGUUUAGGAAGAGGUUGUGUGAGGCCUACUGAUGAAGAAAUCAUGGAACAAAAUACUUCAUAGCUUCACUGCCAUGUUUUGAGACCUGAGCCAUUGUCAACAACACCUUUCCUGAAAGUGGUUGGUUAGGGUAUUUAUUUACAACUUUUGAGCAGAGAUUGUUAAUGUUAACUUUUUAUUUUAUUUUUAGCUGAAGUACUGUAGACAGUAUACUUUUUUAAAGUGCACAGGGAAAUGUCACUACAUUGUCAAUAUUUGACAAGUUGUACCCUGUGAUGACCGACCAAGCGUGUACAUGUACGCUGUUUGCGAUAUUCACUUCAUUGUUAAAGCCUGAUUUAAUGUAAAUACUCAAUAAAACCUGUCAUGCCAAGA